AUGUACUCCAACUCGAACGCCUUUCUAGGCGGUAAUAGCCAACGACCUGGUGGCCAGCAGCAGCAAUAUGGCGGAGGAUCGUUUAGUAACCUUAGCGCUGGCCAGCAGCAGCAGCAGCCCGGCCAACCCAGUCCAUUUGCGCCUCAGCCUACGGGCUUUGGACAACCUCCUUUGCAGCAGCAGUAUACUGGGUUCCCAAUGCAGGGCCAGGGUCUGCAGCCGCAGCAGCCUCUUCAGCAGCAGUUUACGGGGUUCCCAGGACAGCAGCAACCGCAACCUCAGCAGCAGCAGGGCUUCCAAACUGGUGCUCCCGCGAUGCCGUCGAUCCCGCCUCAGUUUCAGCAGCAGUUCCAACAGCAGCAACCCCAGCCAACUAGCUUCUCUGCUUCGCCUCAGCCGGCCUCUGGGCCCUCCAAUCCACCCGCGCCGCCGGUGAAGCCUCAAGCUACCGGUUUUACUGAAAUGGCUGCGUCUUUUCAAACUGGUGGUGGCGCAAAGCCGCGAGGUCGAAGAGCGGAGAAGUCGCAGCCCAACAAGAUCCCCAAUAUCCGACUGUCCUUUAUCACGGCACAGGAUCAAGCCAAAUUCGAAACCCUUUUCAAGUCUGCUGUGGGAGACGGCGGAAUGACAAUGUCAGGAGACAAGGCUCGCGAUCUGCUUAUGCGAUCAAGGCUCGAUGGCGACGCUCUAUCGCAUAUCUGGACUCUUGCUGAUACCACUCGUGCUGGCCAGCUCUAUUUCCCCGAAUUCGCGCUCGCUAUGUACCUGUGCAACUUGAAGCUUACUGGCAAGCAGCUGCCACCUAACCUUCCCGAUAACAUCAAGAAUGAGGUUUCGAGCAUGGUUGAUAUCAUCAGCUUCAGUGUUGCGGACGAUGGCGCCACUGCAGCUGGUGCUCCUUCUACCCCUGAUAUCAGGACCAACACGGCGACUCCCCCAACUAUUCAGCAGCCUCAGCCUCAGCCCCAGGCUUCGAACGCCCAGCUACUCCAGACACAGAUGACGGGAUUUCCUGGACAGCAAACAGGAUUUGGGCAGCCACAGGGCUUGCAAAGUCAGCAGACUGGCUUCCCCGGCAUUCAGAACCCUCAGGCCACAGGAUACAACGGCCCCAGGCCUCCAAUGCCGCCUAUGCCUACGGGCUUUGGUCAAUCGCUGACUCCAGGUUCCGCGGGUGGUAUGGCAGCUCCCCUGAACGCUCAACCCACAGGACGACCUGGUCAAUGGGGUCUAGUCAAUGCUCCCGCUAGCGGUCUCCCUAACAUCGAUGCCCUCCAGGCUCAGAUGAUGCCUCAACAAGGUCGAGAGGCUGGGAACUUCACAACUCAGGGCCUCCAAGGAAACGCUGUCAUUCCAUGGGCGAUUACAAAGGAAGAGAAGACCCGAUAUGACUCUCUUUUCAGGGCUUGGGACGGUCUUGGUAAAGGAUACAUUGCUGGUGACCAGGCUAUCGAGAUCUUCGGCCAGAGUGGUCUUGAGAAACCUGACCUCGAGCGUGUAUGGACCUUGGCCGAUCACGGCAAUAAGGGGCGUCUUGAUCUCGACGAAUUUGCCGUCGCAAUGCAUUUGAUCUACAGAAAACUGAAUGGUUACCCGUUGCCUAACAAUCUCCCUGCCGAGCUUGUCCCUCCUUCGACUCGAAACUUCAGCCAGUCUAUCGGCACUCUCAAGUCAAUGCUUCACGACGAAUCCGAGUUCCGUUCCAAGUCUGGGGCCGCCCUGCUGCCUCAGAAGACAGGCGUGAGUUAUAUGAAGAACCGCUCGUUCAGGGGCGCACCCGCCGGAGCCGUCGCUGGUCGCAAGGAUGCCACAGUCUUCAAAAACGAAGAUGAGCAAUUUGGAUAUAGGUCUAGCGCCCGCCGUAGGGUUGGCAACAACUCUCCUCGACCCGAGUCUCCUGGAUCUGUUACUUCGAAUGACGAGUUGACCAUAGAUCAACUCAAGAAGAAGAUUAAGGAGAAGGAGGUUUUAUUGGAUGCUAUGGAUUUCGCUGAUGAGAAGAACCUGGAGGAAGACGACAUCCUUGAUCGUCGCGACCGACGUGAGGCCGAUGAGCUGUAUCGCCGUAUUCGUCGCAUAAAGGAGGAUAUUGAUUCUCAUCCCGAUGCGGCCUUGGCAAGUGGUGACUCUGAUGCCGAGAGAAGAGCUCUCAAGCGCCAACUUCAGAAUCUUACUGAUAAGGUUCCUGAGCUUGCUUCGCAGGUGCGAAGGACUGAGAAGGCCAUCAUGGAGGCCCGAUUGGAGCUGUUCCGUAUCAAGGAUGCUAAGGCUCAUCCUGGCAGUGGUGCUCCUAUCGUAGGAACUGGACCUGGGGGCGCUGUUACCGAGUCCGAUCGUCUUAAGGCCAGAGCCAAGGCCAUGAUGCAGCAGCGAACCGCGGCACUGACCGGAAAGAAGGUUGAUGUAGGCACUGAGGACCACGAUGCGCCCAAACGACUUGAGGAGGAAAGUAUCAAGGUCAAGAACGAAAAGGAGAGUAACGAGCGCAUGGUCCGUGAUGUUGAAGAAAGUGUUCGCGACUUUGCUCACGGUAUUGAAGACAAUCUUAAGGAAGGCGGUCGUGAUAACACCAGUGAGCACGAGAAGCGCCGUUGGGAGGACGCGCUUGGAGUCGAAGAUGAGGUUCGCGAUUUCAUUUUUGAUCUUCAACGUGAAAGCCGCAGCGCUCGAGUUCGCGCUCAGGACAAGCGACCAGCCCGAGCCUCAGCACGUGUUGAAGAGACUCGACCUGAACGUGUCGUUAGUCCACGAAUUGAGAGCCCCGUUUCAGUCUCUCGAACUGCAACCCCCCCUGCUGGAGGAUCAUAUGCCUCGUACAAGACCCCCGAGGAGCGAGCUGCUUUCAUCAAGCAACAGGCUGAACAGCGUAUGGCUGAGAGGCUGGCUGCUCUAGGAAUCAAGGCCCCUACAAAGUCGGGCGAAACAGCUGCGCAGCGCAUGGAGCGUGAACGAUCUGAGCGAGCCGCUAAGCUACGACAAGCUGAGGAAGAGGAUGCCCGUCGGGAGGCUGAUCGCCAGGCUCGUCUGGCUGAAGAGCAGGGUUUGCCACCUCCCGCGGCUGAACAGCCAAAGACAGAGGCAAAGAAACCUCCACCUCCUCCUACUCGACACCGUGGUAAGCCAGAGGCUGAUCAGGAAGCCACGAAGAAGGCCGAGGAGGACGCUGCUGCUAAGCAAGCUGAAGAACAACGACUCUCUCGUGAACAUGAGCAACAGCAGCGUGAGACGCAGCAGCUAGAGGAAGAUGCUAAGGAGCAGGAAGAUGACCUCGCCAAGGAGCGCGAGGCCUCUGAAGCUCGUCUCAAGGCCCUUGAAGAGCAAGUGAAACAAGGCAAGCUUCGUAAGGAGGAAGAGAAGAAGCGAAAGAAGGCUGCCAUGGCUGAGGCCAAGGACAAAGAGGCCAAGCUCGCCGCGCGACGCGCUGAGAUCGAGGCUGCCCGCCAACGCGAACUUGAGCUUCAGCGACAGCUCGAGUCCAUGGAGGAUGAUGAUAGCUCAUCAUCCGACGAAGACGAAGGUCCUCAGCAAAUCACACCUCAAGCUUCGACACCUACUAGGAGCGACAGCCAAGUAGCCAGCCAAGAAUUGGACGCAAAGCCCUCGCUUGCCCCUGAGCCCGCUGCUGAGCCAGUCUCUUCUCCUCCACCUCCCCCGACAGUUAUUACAUCGCCCCCUAGUGAGACUGAGAGUAAGAACCCAUUCUUCCGGAUGAUGUCUCAGUCGAACGAAGGUUCUUCCGCUGCUGCCCCUGCUGCGCCAGCACCUUCGGCCACGAACCCCUUCCACAGGAUGACCCAAAACCAAGAGACAAAGGCUCCCUCUGGUCCUGUCUCACGCCGCCGUGCUGACACAGAUGAUUGGGGCUCUGACAAUGAUGAUAAGGACGAUGAGUCUGACGACGAUCGACCUGGUGGUGGCAACGCUGCCCAGCUCGCCUCCAUGCUGUUUGGUACGAUGGCGCCUCCCCGUCCUCUGUCGGCAGCCGGUAGAGAGUCGUCAACAGCUAGCCCUGUUGCCGUGAGUGCUGCGUCCCCUAUCGCACCUCCUCCUCCCCCUCCACCGAUGCCUAAUGUCGAAGCCCCGGCUCCGAUGACUUCUCCGCCCCCUCCUCCUCCUAUGCCCGGAAGUGGUGUCCCUUCGGCUCCGCCACCUCCCCCUCCACCGAUGCCAUUAGCUGGAGCACCUCCUCCACCUCCACCUCCGAUGGGUGGUGCUCCUCCUCCUCCCCCUCCUCCACCUGCCGGCGGUGCACCUGCUGCUCCUUCCGGCGGUGGCCGACCUGCGGGUUUCUUGAGCGAGAUCCAGUUAGGCAGAUCCCUCAAGAAGACAACUACCAAAGAUAGCAGUACAUCUGCAGUAGCCGGACGAGUUUUGGAGUAA